AUGAAGUUGUUCCUACUUUUAUCACUAAUUCUUAUAGCUUCUCAAGGUAGAAAAAUCAUUAAAAAACACGUCAAGGGUGAGAGACAUUCAAGAUAACCUGAUUUCGAUCCCAAUUAAUUAAAUAAUGAUGAUUUAAUUGACAAGUUUAGUGAAUCUGAAAUCCAAAUUUCAGAACACUUAUCUAUUGGUGAAGACAUUAUUGAUAUAAUAAACAAACAAACAAUUGAAUAUGAAAGCUAAACUAAUUAACAAUAACAAUAAUAAUAAUAAUAAUAACAAUAAGAAGAUAUAACAUCAACAAAUGAACAAUCAGAUUAGAUUGAUCUAGAAUAAGUAGAGUUUGAUUAAUUACUAUAAUAACUAGCAAAUGAAAAUCAUGACAUAGAUGUAGAUAUACCCCUUAUUAAAGAAGAUGUUAUAUAAAACAAUAAUUUUAAUGAGUAAGUUGAAACUAAACCUGAUGAUUAAAUUUAACAUCAUUAGGAUGAUUAAUAAAAUAGCGAUUAGUUUGAAUAAGUUAAUGAUGCUAAUGCUUAAAAUAAUGUUGAACCCAUUCUUCCUAUUGCACUUGAAGAAUAAAUAUAACAUUAAGAAGAAGUGAAAUAAUCUGAAUAGGUUGAAAUAUAAUUAGAAUAAGAAUAAUAAGACAUCCCUAUUUAGGUAGAUUAGAUUGAUCUAAAUGAUUAGCCAUAAACUAUAGAAAUCGAUAGUUAAGAUUAAACAGAAUUGAAGUAGGAAGGACAACAGGAGUAAAUUCAUGAGAACGAAGUGCUUACAUAAUAAGAGACUCAACCUUUAAUAGAGAAUUAAGUCGAAGAUAUAUCUAUCUAACAAGAUAAUCAACAUUUAGAAUCAAAGAAUGUGGAGGAACUUGAAUAAGUAGUAAACUUACAUUAGAAUAUUCACUAGGAUACCCAAAAUGCAUAAGAAAUUAUCAAUUAAUAAAAUUUAGAAUUAGAAAUUCAAUAAAUUACAAUUGAAAAUACAUAAGACAAUUCAUAAUAAGGUGAUCAAGCAACAAAUUAAUAAACUGAUGAAUAAAUGCAAGUUUAAGAAGAGAUUCCACAAUAUUAAGAAUAACCAAUAAGCAAAGAUUCAGAAUAUGUUGUAAUAGAAGAUAAUAUAAAUACUGCUGAAAUUAUAUAAGAAAAUGUUGAAUAAUUAUAAGUUUAAGAGAAUGAACCAAUAGUUGAAAAUAAUGAAAACAUUCAAAAUUAAGAUGAUAUCCAAUAAUAGGAAUAGGAGUAAUCGUAGCAAAAUUAAGAAAUAAUUGUGAAUUUAGAUGAAUUAUUAAAUUAAUAGUCAGAAUAAAUAUCUAAUCAAAAUUUAGAUUCAGAAGUUAAUGAAGAUAUUUAAAUCAUUCCAGAAUAAAUAAGGGAAGAGAAUUAUGAUCAAAGUCCAGAAAUUCUAGAAUAAGAAUAAUAAAAUGAAAUAAAUAAUAAUGGUUAAAAUGAUGAUUAAAUAUAAGCAGAAAUUUAAUAAGAUUAAGAAAAUAUUUUGAUUGACCCUCAUGCAAAUGAAUAUGCAAAUAAUGGGCAUUAAAAUCAUGAUCAUCACCAUCAUCAUGACCAUGACGAUCAUCAUCACGAACAUCAUGACCAUCAUAAUCAUUAUGAUAUUCAUCUUGACCAUAUUAAUAAUGCAAUAUUAAAUGAUUAAAUUCAAAAUGAAAACUAAAAUGAUAGUAAUCCAACCGAUCCCAAUAACUCAAUAUCACAAUAACCAUCAUGCUCAUUCGAUAAUAAAUUAUCUUGCUCAGGUGAUACUCAUACAUAAUAUAGUACUGGGGUGGAGACAGAAAAUAAACCUCUUAAUUAAGAAGAAUUGUUAUAAUACGUUCUAACUCAUUCCUAUUUAUAAUAUUAUACGAAUUAUCCAGUGUAAUUUUUUGGUGUUUUGGCUAAUGUAUUUCUAUUUUCUUUGGUGAUCUUGAAAAAUCUAGUAACAAAGAAACAAACUCCAUAUUCAACACAAAUUAGCAAUGAAUAAUACAAUGAAGAUAAUGGAGACAAUUCUUAAUUUUAGUAUUAAAUUAACUCAUUAGACACUAUUUUAUCAGAAAUAAAUACUAAAUUGGAUACUCUUACAAAAUCUUAUCAAAAGAUGUAGAAAGAUCAUCAAUUGAUUAAUUAAAUUAUAAAUGACCUUUAAACAAAAGUACUUGCGAAUUUAGAAAAAAAAAAACUGAAAGAAUCUUGUAAAUCUCUGAAUGAAAGUAAUGAAGAUGAUUAAGGAGUAAGAUAAAAAAGAACUUAAACACAGAUAAAACCUCGAUAGCGACCGACAACCCCAAUUUAAAGAUAAUAUUGA